UUUGACAUUUUAUGUGAGGUUCGGGAGGAGCAAGCAGGAUUUUGCCUGUUUAGUGCAGUUUCUUUUUAAUUAAGAAAACUAAAUUUUUAGUAUGAGGAAAGAAAAAACUCCGAGUUUUACGUACAAGUGGUAAUCGACGGCAACGGUGCGACGGUAAGGAUGGUUUCGAGAAAAGAGAGACGGGCAAUCGCGGUCAACUGACUGAAACGAGCGAUACAAGUUUACGUUCCAAUUUUAGAUCAAUUUCCUGGUUGAGGAUUCGCGUUCGUGUUUAUACAAUCGCUCGGCCGAAAAACGCGAAAAUAUUUAACCAUAAAACGCGGACAAUUUUGACGGUUCGGAUGCGGUAUUUGGUGCGAUAAAACGUUCGCCUAACGAAGCAAACCAGCCAGCCAUAAUCUCCUCCGAAAGUGUUUCCUCUUUUUUUGUGUCAUUUUUUUUUUGAGUGGUUUCCGAUGACAUGACAUUUUAACAGAAAAAAAAGACAGACAGCAACAGAAUGGCCUCAACGUCGAAUUUCGAGGCCAAAGUGCUGAUGUCCAAGGGCAAGAGGGCAACGGCGGCCUACGUACACGCGGACUGUGCCGCGGAACGGAACCCGAAGCACCUCAAGGAGGUCUUGGAUAACUUGCUCAACCCCAUCAAACCGAUUGAUAAUUGGGAAACUAUAGAUUGGUGCAAGUGGCUUAUGGCAGGAGGGCGGACGCCCGACGAGUUUGCCAGCACAGUUCAUGCCUACGAUAACGCGACGACGUGCGGCCUGGUGUGGACGCCGAAUUUCGUCGCCUACCGAUGUCGCACCUGCGGGAUCUCCCCCUGUAUGUCCCUGUGCACCGAUUGUUUCAAAAAGGGGAACCACCACCGGCACGAUUUCAAUAUGUUUCUGUCGCAGGCUGGUGGGGCGUGCGAUUGCGGCGACACCUCGGUCAUGAAAGCCACCGGGUUUUGUGACCGUCACGGCCCGGAUAAGACCUCGGGCAAAGGAAACGCCCCCAAUGACCUGAUGUGCGUCGCAGAGGCGAUGAUGCCCCGCAUCAUUUUCCGACUGAUCCAGCAUCUCAGGGAGUACAGCGCCCACAUGGGCUUUAAUUUGGCAAUCCAGGACUCCGACGCGUUUAUCACCAUGUUACUGGACUUUAAUAAUAUGGGAGGGUUAAUGAGGAGGGUCAUGACCUCCGCCUUGACUAAUCCUACCAAAUACAGACUUCUAAACGAGGUGCCAGACAACAUGGAUUCGGAAUACGCGCAAUACCUGGCUGAAUCCAAACGGUUCUACGAGCGAGGCCUCGAAUCCCUCCCGAAUCCAGAGCAAGAGAUCGGCGAGGACCUGAAGGAUUGCCCCUCAUUACAGAGAAACCUGGUGCACCGCACCUUCCUGGAAGAAUUGGUGUUUUGGACCGUUAAAUUUGAGUUUCCACAAAAGGUGGUAUGUCUGCUCCUAAACAUGCUUCCUGAUCCGGACUAUAAAGAGGCGUUAACGCGUGCAUUCGUGCUCCACUAUAGUCGAAUAAGCAUCAUGCUGGAAAACAGCGCCGAUCCGGAUACUUUGAGCAAUCGGGUGGUGCACGUGAGCGUUCAGUUAUUUAGUAACGAGAGCUUGGCCCUAAGGAUGACCGAGCAGCUUAAUUUGCUUCACGUUAUGGUCGUCAGUUUGAAGAGUAUGAUGAGCAAGAUUUUGAUUAGGAGCACUUUACAUUAUCCGGAACAAAAUACCCACUCGGUGGUGGACUGCGCUAAGCCUGUAAUGAAGGACCACUGCUACUGGCCUCUGGUGUCAGAUCUGAACAAUGUUCUGUCCCACAGGCCCGUAGCAUUAAAGUUCAUGGCCGACGAUUCUUUAUUGGAGAUGUGGUUCUCGUUCCUGUCGAUGUUCCAAGGCAUGAACGUGAACCAGCGGGAACUAAACCAGCACAUCGAAUUUGAGCCGAACACUUACUACGCGGCCUUCAGCGCGGAAUUAGAGGCGAGCGCGUAUCCGAUGUGGGCUUUAGUCACACAUUUGACCGAUUCCGGUACGGCGCAGUUGACCAGACGAGUUUUGAGCGCCUGCCUCAAGGAGUGGUACGAGUGGCUCGAGAGUACCAACUAUAAAGGCCCAAUUGUCGAGGACAGCAUGCAGGUAUCUUUUCACUUGCCUCUACACCGCUACCUGGCGGUGUUUUUAUGCCAAGGAGUGGCCAAACAGGGCAUAAGGAUUGAGGAAAUCUUACCGUCCAAUGAUACCAUGCUCACCCUGCUGAUUAUGCACCCGUUAAGAGUUCAGGUAAGUAAAUGCUUCUGAUAUUAAGUAAAAUGA